CUGUGAGAAACUAAAAAAGCCCAAAUGGCGGGGGGGAGGUCGUCGUCUCCCCUCCCAGCGAUCCCCUCCCCCAGCGACGCCAUUUCCGCCACUUCAUGAUCACUAGGGUUUCGCUCUUCUCCCCAUAAGCCCCCCACGUCCCGAUGCGCUGGUGGAAGCGCUCCUCUUCCCCCUCCCGCUCCUCCCACUCCUCCUCAGCAUCCACGCCCGCGUCCCCCGCGCGCGCCUCCACCUCCCGCCUCAUCGGCGGCGGGGGCAGCGGCCCCAGCUCCCGCGGCGAUGGAGGCGGGGGUCGCGGAGAACCGCAGCCGCGGCUGAGCAGGGCGCGGCGGAUGCGCUACGUCGUUGACGACCUCGAUGUCGGGGUCGCCGCGAUCGGCGUGGACUCCCCGGCGAGGAGGGACGCUGCGGCGGGGUUCGGGCUUGCGACCGUGAGCUCGACGCCGAUCUCGAGGUCCCCGAGUAACAUGGAGGUGGCGCCGGCGAGAUCGUCAUCGACGCCCGUGAUGCUGGCGCAUCCGCUGCCCCUGCCAGGCGAGGGGGAGUCCUCGUGCCGCGGGCCCGGGAGGCCGCUUCCGUCGCCGACGACGAGGGUGCUCGACGGGGAGUGGAACUUGCCUGCAGCGGAGGCGCCCGGAGUCUUAGAGACUGGGAGUGAAAGGAUGCCGCCGUUGCUCACACGGAGAGUGGUGGCCCAAACUCUACCAAAGACUCACGAGCACAAUGACUUUCAAUUAAAUGGGACUACCUGUGGUCAACGGAGAAAAGCUUUUAAAGAGAAGUUCCAGGAUAAGAACUCAGAUGAAACUUUGAACUUCAGAUUGAACAUUCCUGCUAGAAGCGCACCAAGCAGUGGGUUUUCGAGCCCUGUGCAAAGUCCCCGAAGAUUGAGCAAUGUAGACUUCUCAUCUGCUGCAAUAUCCAUCCAAGAUACCAAUGUAUGGUCAGCGCGGUCUCUCUGGUCUCCUGAUCUGAUGGGAUCUUCACCUCCUUCUGCCUCACCUGACAAAUUUGCGGGUGGUCAGGAGCGUUCUCCUCGCUCAAGUCCACUGAGAAGUCCAGUUUUAAGAUCAAGAAAUCCAAGUGCACCUCCAUCACCAAUGCAUCCAAAGUUGUUCCCGGAGAACCAUGUUUCUCGUCCUGAAGGCAAUGGAAGUGCCAGUUUUCACCCGUUACCUCUCCCUCCUGCUUCUGUAAGUCCAAAGCAGACAAAUGCCAGCCACCAGGUAGUUCCAAAAGUUGAGACGCCAUCAGUGGCUGGUCAAUGGCAAAAAGGAAAACUCCUAGGCAGUGGCACAUUUGGAUGUGUAUAUGAGGCCACCAAUAGGCACACUGGUGCUCUUUGUGCCAUGAAAGAGGUCAAUAUAAUUCCAGACGAUGCUAAAUCAGCUGAGUCUCUGAAGCAAUUAGAACAGGAAAUUAAGUUUCUUAGUCAAUUCAAGCAUGAAAACAUAGUGCAGUACUACGGCAGUGAAACUAUUGAAGAGAGAUUCUACAUAUACCUGGAAUAUGUUCAUCCUGGUUCAAUCCAUAAGUAUGUUCAUCAACAUUGUGGAUCACUGACAGAAUCAGUCAUCCGUAACUUCACGCGUCAUAUCCUCAAGGGUCUUGCUUUCUUACAUAGCCAAAAGAUAAUGCAUAGGGAUAUCAAGGGGGCAAAUUUGUUAGUGGAUAUUAAUGGUGUAGUGAAAUUGGCUGAUUUCGGAAUGGCUAAGCAUUUGAGUACUGCAGCUCCUAAUCUUUCAUUGAAGGGAACCCCGUACUGGAUGGCUCCUGAGGUUGUUCGGGCCACGCUUGAUAAAAGUGCAGGGUAUGAUCUCGCUGUUGAUAUUUGGAGCCUUGGUUGCACGAUAAUUGAGAUGUUUACAGGAAAGCCACCUUGGAGUGGUCUUGAAGGGCCUGCUGCAAUGUUUAAGGUGUUGCGCACGGACCCGCCGAUUCCGGAUAAUCUGUCACCUGAAGGGAAGGAUUUUCUUAGAUGCUGCUUCAAGAGAAACCCUGCUGAGAGACCAACAGCAAGCAAGUUGCUUGAACACCCAUUUAUCCAAAGUUCAAAUCACUACAACCAGCAUGGCUCUACACCCUACAACCAGCAUGGCUCUACACCCUCAUUUGCAGCAAUUAAAUCCCCAGAUACUGGGCACAGCGGUGCAAGAGAUAAAAUACCCUGGAAGAAUGAUUCAUGUGUGAGAGGGAAACAUGCAAAUGGUGAAACAAGCAGUGCUCGGUCUUCAGGGUCAUUGGCUUAUCGAUUGACGACACCCCUACCCCACUUGGGAACCAAUAGCUUGUCACCUCCACCUUUGAGUUCAGCCUCCAGUUCUGGUUCUGCAACCCAUACACCAAAUGGUAUGCAUUUUUCCGUUGCAACCCAUACACCAACUGGUAUGCAUUUUUCAGUCGCAUACCCUCAGCCUAGUCCUCUGCGAAAGCCUAACGGGAAGGAAGCAAUAAAUUUGAUUUAGCAUUGAAGCACAGCAUGCCACCUAUCACAAUAUCUGGGCCACACGGUAAACAGUCUGACCCUUGUAUUGCCAGUCAUAGUUGACGAUUUUCUGGGCCUUGUAAAGUAUUUUCCAUGUAAAGGAGAUCGCCACGGUAUGAUCACAGGGAAAUUCUGCUAAUGAAGGGGCCUUGUGAAGUAUGUUGUAAUGUUUCGUUUCGGGGGGAGUGAUUGCAUUUCCCAUGUAACAUAUUUAUUAGGGUCUAGCUCUAGGUAAAACUAAUGGUCCUGAUUGUGCCGACACAUAGUACAUUAGGUUUGUAGUUGUAGCAUGUGUUGUUGUUGAUGUUGUGUAAUGAUCAUACUUGAUGUAAUCAUUGUUGAUGAUUUUUUGGGGCCAAGCAAUAAUAUGUCAACUAGCAAGAGGGGAUCGAGGUUGCAUAUCA